AGAAGAAGAAGCAGCAGCAGCCGCCGCCGCCGCCGCCACGCUCUCAGCUCUCGUCUGUGGGCUGUGUCUUGCCUCUACCCCGGCGCGGGGCGGUCUUUGGCUGCUUCGGGAGAGGCGGAGUGGGGUACUGAGCCACGGCAGGUGUGGGUCUCAGCUGGUGGGGGCGGGGCUGCUUCGCGGGGCUCCUGCAAGCGGGCUGGCGAGCGCCUUUCUGUCGCGAGGGAGAAAGAGAGCCGGGAGUCUACAGCAGACAGAGCAGCCACUGAGCAGCGGGCGCCGAGCUUUAAAUGAGCAUUACUAUCGCGGCGCGGGCUGGCUCGGACCGAGCGCGUGUGGAGGCAGCGGGCGCGUCGCCUCGACUCCAGCAGAUUAAUACAGACUCCUGUUACAAGAUAUCUGUUUGGAUUUUAACGCCCUGGAACAUCCUCUCUUAUUAUUUUAACAAUCCCAUAAAUCCUUAGUUGGGUCGUCAAGAGCCGCAAAGCUGCUGUCCACGUGGACUGGUGCUGACAUUUCUCGUCCAGCUGCGAGAGCCUCUCCAUCUAAACCUAGAGACAUGGCAACAAAUGGAACAAAAGUUGCUGAUGGGCAAAUUUCCACAGAACUCAGUGAUGCCUCGAUCACCAAUGACAAGCCUAAGACACUGGUAGUGAAGGUGCAGAAGAAAAAAGGAGAUAUUCCAGAAAGAGACAGCUGGAAGGGAAAAUUUGACUUUCUGAUGUCCUGUGUGGGCUAUGCAAUUGGCUUAGGGAAUGUGUGGCGGUUUCCAUACCUUUGUGGGAAAAAUGGAGGAGGAGCUUUUCUGAUUCCGUAUUUCCUUACUUUAAUUUUUGCUGGAGUCCCUCUGUUUCUUUUGGAAUGUUCACUUGGCCAGUAUACUAACAUAGGAGGUCUGGGAGUUUGGAAGCUUGCUCCAAUGUUCAAAGGUGUGGGAUUAGCCGCUGCUGUUCUGUCCUUCUGGCUUAAUAUUUAUUACAUUGUGAUUAUUUCCUGGGCCAUAUAUUACUUAUACAACUCUUUUACCACAAAUCUUCCAUGGAGACACUGUGAUAACCCUUGGAACACAGAGCGCUGUUUCUCUAAUUACAGUAUAGCAAACACCACCAACAUGACAAGUGCUGUUCUGGAAUUCUGGGAACGUAACAUGCACCAAAUGACAGAUGGACUAGAAAAACCAGGCCAGAUCCGUUGGCCAUUAGCAAUUACAUUAGCAAUUGCCUGGGUUUUAGUGUAUUUCUGCAUCUGGAAGGGGGUAGGCUGGACAGGAAAGGUAGUAUACUUCUCUGCCACAUAUCCAUAUGUCAUGCUGAUUAUCUUGUUCUUCCGUGGAGUAACGUUACCUGGAGCAAAAGAAGGCAUUUUAUUUUAUAUAACACCAAAGUUUGAAAAGCUCUCAGACUCGGAGGUUUGGCUUGAUGCUGCCACACAGAUCUUUUUCUCUUAUGGUCUGGGUCUUGGUUCAUUGAUUGCUCUUGGAAGUUACAACCCUUUUAACAACAAUGUUUACAGGGAUUCUAUCAUAGUGUGCUGCAUAAAUUCUUGCACAAGCAUGUUUGCUGGUUUCGUUAUCUUCUCCAUUGUUGGAUUCAUGGCUCAUGUCACCAAGCGUCCUAUUGAAGAUGUUGCAAAAUCAGGUCCUGGACUUGCAUUUUUAGCCUAUCCAGAAGCCGUUACACAACUUCCAGUUUCUCCAUUGUGGGCAAUACUCUUCUUUUCCAUGUUGCUGAUGCUUGGAAUUGACAGUCAGUUCUGUACUGUUGAAGGAUUCAUAACAGCUCUAGUGGAUGAAUUUCCAAAGUUGUUGCGCAGUCGAAGAGAAAUUUUCAUUGCCAUUGUGUGCAUCAUUUCCUAUCUGAUAGGGCUGUCAAAUAUUACUCAGGGUGGACUAUAUGUGUUCAAGCUUUUUGACUAUUACUCUGCAAGUGGAAUGAGUCUCCUAUUUCUUGUAUUCUUUGAGUGUAUCUCCAUAUCCUGGUGCUAUGGUGUAAACAGAUUUUAUGACAAUAUCCAGGAAAUGGUUGGGUACAGACCCUGCAUCUGGUGGAAACUCUGCUGGUCUUUCUUUACUCCAAUCAUUGUGGGAGGUGUAUUUAUCUUCAGUGCUGUGCAAAUGACUCCUCUCACUAUGGGUAAUUAUGUAUUCCCAAAAUGGGGCCAAGGUGUUGGCUGGUUUAUGGCUCUAUCGUCUAUGGUGCUGAUUCCAGGCUACAUGGCGUACAUGUUUCUUACUUUAAAAGGUUCCUUAAAACAGCGUAUCCAAGUAAUGAUUCAACCAAGUGAAGAUAUUACUCAUCCUGAAAAUGGACCUGAACAAGCCCAGCAGAGCAACUCUGCUAACAAAGAAGCAUAUAUAUAAAUUUGGGUCUUUUGAAAUUAUACAAACCUUCCUCUGGAGGGUAAAAACAUAAGCAAAAGAAACAUGGUUGAAUAUGACCACAAAUUUAUGUCUGAGAAUAAAAUUACCUACCUCUAGUGGCACAAAAGACCAUCACCACUAUAAGAGAAGCAAUGUGGGUACGAUCAAACCAUUUUGUGGGAUUAGAUGUUGACAAUGUUUUGUGUUUCCUGGCAAUCCAUAGACUGUUAACAUUCUUAUUCUCUCUGAGUAAGAGCUGAAUACCUUUGGAAUUUAUAAUCAACACAUGUAGGCCAUUUUUAAUCUACCUUUUAGUGCAACAAUUUGAAGUUGUGUGCAGCUGGUUUUUAGUAGUUUAUUAAUAUAUUUCUUACAGUUUGAAUCCCAAGACUGUUUUUUCUGAGAACAGUUAAAUUGGAAAGCUGUUUUGUAUACACUAGCAAAGUAUUUUUUACAAAUAAAACUUACAAUGAAAACACUGCCCUCAAAAUAUGAACUAGCUUUAUUCUUGAGCUGGUUUUUCUAAUGUUCUUAAACAUCUCCUAACGUACAGCAGUAUAUUGAAUUGUUCGUAUACAAAUGCCAUUAGCAGGCUAUUUCUAGCUAUACAGCACAGCCUAAAAUGCAAUACUACCUAAUUCUAUCAGGCCUCUAGCAUUGAAUAUGUUAUAUUAUUUUAUAGUGAUAUAUCUUUUAGAAUAUUUUCAAUGGACCGUCUUUACUGUUUCAAAAAUCUGGAAUCUUUUGGGUUUUUUUUUUUAAUAGAAUCAGUAAUAUGGAUAUGUAUAAUUUCAAGUCCCUCUCAAAGCCUGCUAUAUUUAAAGCUGUACAAAUAAUAUUUCAUUUAAGCCAGGUUGUGCUUCACUUUAUGUCGUGCCAUUGAUAGGUAUAACACCUUACCACCGAAGGAGAAAACCAAACAAUUUGCUUAGACAGCAAAUGUUCCCCACUGAAUAUAAUUUAGGGCUCUGAAAUUAGCACUGCUCUAGUCUGUCUGUUGAAGGUCUAUCAACAAUAACAGUUUUUGACUAGCAAGCAUAUUAUAAAGCACUUUGAAGACAAAUUUAUUUUUAUGCUUUUAUUUAAGUACAUAUUUCUCAUAGAGAUGCAAGGGAAAGGUCUGGCCAUAAAUAAGUCCACUCUGGGCUCUCAGGUGCAUUUUCCACACAGGCAUUGAAGGCUAACAGAAUCUUGCUGUGUGGAAAACUGCAAGGCUUAAGAGUCCAUCAUGGCAACUUUUGUUUGGCAGCUAUGAAACAGACAGGAAGCAUCAUGGGAAAAGUGGUAUGCGAUGUUUGCUUUUAAAUGACUGUGACAGAACUGUGCAAUGAAACCUGCUUUUCAGCAAAACCUUGUGCAACGUACAAUGUUAGAUAGCACACACUCUAUGUAGAACUACUCCGUGAACAACCUGUUAACUGUGAACGUUGGGUUUUUUUGUUGUUUUUGUCUGAAGGUGACAAACAUAUGUUCUUGCAAUAAGGUAUUAUUCUCAGAAUGUCAAGCACAUUAUUGUAGAAAAUAUAUAUACAUAUAUUUCAGCUUAACAGGUAAAAAUCUCAUAGAAAGAGUAUUGUUUAGUAGGUUCUAAACUGUUUCAUACAGUAGGUCAACUGUAAAAUAUUCAGCAAUCUAUUAUACAUGAUAAAUGUCUAUAGAUGAACUCAAAAAUAAAUCCAAAUGUCUUGUAGAUUUUCAGGGUUUAGAAAAAAACACAUCUCAUAUUUCACAUGCUUCAUACACAUUAUACUUGUGAAUUUCAUUAGAUUUAAGAUAUGAAUUCAAACUUUAUUGUUUAUGUAACCGAGUCCCAUGUUGUUCUAAGAAAAAUAAAGUAUUCAAUGUUUGAUUGUAAAACAAUUAUGACAGAUGUUUGACAGAUUUGCUGUUCAGCAAAACUGUACAAACGUAUCAUAUAUAGCACAAAAAUAGUGUUGUAGAACUACUGUGUGUACACUGUGAAUAGCUGUAUCUUUUUGUAGUAUUUGCCCUUAAAAAGAAGAAGAAAAUAUAUGAUCAUAUAUGCUUUUUGCAAUAAUGAAUUAUUCUCUAAACACCAAGCAAAUUUAUCUCUAUAGAAAAAUAUAUAUGUAAUAUAUACAUAUUCUAAAAUAUAUAUAGAGCCUGUUUUAAAAAAAAGAGAGUACAGUAUAAUUUAGAAAACUGCAACUUGUUCUAUGGACCAAAUGUAAAAUAUUUAUAAAUUAAGAUGCAUUUUAAAUGUCUAUAAAUGGUGUCCUAACUAAAGCACGGUUGUUAUGUAACUUUCCAAGAGUUUAGAAAAAAUAAAGGUUAUAUUAUA